AAACUAGAGAUACUCACGAUUAUUUUGAUAAAGAAAAUCUUCUUACUCAAAAAGGUUAUGUUAGUAAUAAUAAAGCUUUAAAGGAUUCUAUGAUUAUUCAGGAAUUCAAUAGAGAAAUUGAUGAGAAGAGAGAGAAGUUUGAAAAGGUUAAUGUAUAUGUUGUAUUAUUACAACAAUUUUGGAAAAGUAAUAAAACAUCGUAUGUUGUAGCUAGGAGAUAUAAUGGAACUCAAAUUUUUCAGUUAACUUUUGAUAUUGGUAAUGAGUUCGAAGUUUUGUUUAGAAUAUUAAUUUCUAUUUCUAAGAGAGCUGAAUUUGAAGAAAAAUCUGAUUUUGAUAAGAAUAAUGAUAUAAUUGGUAAAAUUGAUGAAUUGACAAAACCAAAAGAAGAGAUUGCAUAUUCUUCCUUUGUUAGGGAAUUAGUUAAUAAUAUGAAAGAUAAAAAUAUCAUGUUUGAUAUUAAAACAGAACUUGAUAAAGUAGAAAAUGUAAAUGAGUAUUUUUCUCAUUUUAAACUAGUAAUUAGUCGUAAAAAUAGAGAAUAUGAUACAAAUAGACAACUUUAA